GGAAAACCCUUACAUGUGCAACAACGAGUGUGACGCCUCCACAGAUGAACUAGCCCAUCCUCCGGAGCUCAUGUUCGACUUCGAGGGACGCAACCCCACAACCUUCUGGCAAUCCAGUUCAUGGAAUACGUUCCCCAAACCCCUGGAGGUCAACAUCACGCUGUCGUGGAACAAAACUAUCGAGCUGACAGACGACAUCAUCCUCACCUUCGAGUCCGGCCGCCCUGAGCAGAUGCUUCUGGAGAAAUCGUUAGACUAUGGUAAAACCUGGACCCCUUAUCAGUUCUACGCUACCGACUGCCUCGACGCCUUCACCAUGGAGCCCAAGACGGUCAACGAGCUGACCCAGCGAACCCUCCUCGACAUCAUCUGCACCGAGGACUACUCCCGAGGCUACGUGUGGAAGUACGAUAAAACCGUCCGUUUCGAGAUCAAGGAUCGGUUCGCGCUGUUCGCCGGACCGCGGCUGCACAACAUGGCAUCGCUGUACGGUCAACUGGACACCACCAGGAAUCUGCGGGACUUCUUCACAGUGACGGACCUGAGGAUACGGCUGCUGAAACCGGCCACCGGGGCCACCAUGGUGGAUGAGAACAACCUGUCCAGAUACUUCUACGCCAUUUCUGACAUCAAGGUGCAGGGCAGAUGUAAGUGUAACCUACACUCCAACAGCUGUGUGUUUGACAAGGACAAGGGGAAGCUGGGGUGUGAGUGUGAACACAACACAACAGGACCAGACUGCGGCCGCUGUAAGAGACACUACCACGGACGACCCUGGAGCGUCGGGUCCUACCUGCCCAUCCCCAGAGGAACUGCUAACAUCUGUAUCCAUAGCAGUCAUGGACCAGUGCAUCGAGCUAAUGCUUCAUCUCUAGGUGUUGCAAACCGUAAUCAAGCUCAUGUGUGUGACAACGCCAUGCUUCUCUGUCAGAACGGGGGAACAUGCCACCACCAUCAGCGGUGCCACUGUGCUCCAGGUUUCAAAGGCGUCCUGUGUGAGAGGACACGAUGCCAGGUCCUCGGACCCUGCGAGGAGUACCCCACUGCUGGGCAACCAUCCCUCCACCACCCUCUCCUCCUGGGCCCUCCAGGUCUGCUCCUCUCCCUACUGCUCCCCCUGGUGGUGAUAUGGUUCUGCUGAGAAUUGUUGUAUUCAUUACAACUGGCCAGUGAACUUUCAACGUAGAACCGAAGAGAUCCACUUGGCCAUUUGUCAGCCAUGUUGUCAUUCUGAAGGACAGCAGGGCAGGACCUAAUGCAAGUAUAUUCUGGGAGAGCAGAAAGAAAGCUCAGAACAGAUCUACAGAAAAGGGAAAGGAUUUCAGCCCUGAAGGACAUGGGAUCAAGCAGGGACAUUAAACGAGAUAUUACGUGCCCUGGUCCGAGGUAUAAAUAAGGAACAUUUAUUUAAUGUGAAAAGUCACCGUGACUGCAAGGAUGAGAGUAGAAGUGCAAUAUGGUGUUGGCUGAUAAACUGAAUGGAUAACAAAGAAAUGCUAGAUACUUUUGGUCAGAGAGAGACACAGACAGACAGACAGACAGACAGACAGACAGACAGACAGACAGACAGACAGACAGACAGACAGACAGACAGACAGACAGACAGACAGACAGACAGACAGACAGACAGACAGACAGACAGACAGACGAAAAAGUCAACUUAAGGCACUUAGACACGGGCUGCGGUAAAUGGCAAUUGAACCAUGAGAAAAUCCGCAUACCAUCUGUAGAGACCAGCGAUCCCGGUUGUUGUCAGCUCGAAUGUUGUCAUUAAAGCAUUGUUUGAUUGGUUGACAAGAUGAACGAUGCUCAUUGGUCAACUAUGUGCACCGACCGCUCAAGACUUCAGCUAAUUUAAUAUUUUGGCGCCUUGAGCUCCAAGCCAGCUGAGCUGCUCACGGAGCAAGCACCACGAACCACAUCGCUUACAAAUAUAACACUCGUAUUUUGCCGCCCGCCACCGUACUCCCAUUGAAGUUUAUGAGACCUUCGCCGCUUACCGUGGCCCGUCUGUAAACGCCUUUACAGUACAAUCGACAACCUACAAUCUCACUAUGGUCCUGUCCCAAAUGGCACCCUAUUCCCUAUAUAGUGCACCCUAUUUCCUAUAUAGUGCACCCAAUGGGUUCUGGUCAACAGUAGUAGACUGUAUAAGGAAUAUGGGUGCCAUUUAAAGGGAUAGUACACCCAAAUUACAAAAUGACACAUUGGCUAUCUUAUCUCGUAACCAGUCUAUGGACAUGUUAUGACAGAAAUCCGUGCUUUGGUUUUAAUUCCCUGGCACUGUUUUCAAAUGCUAAGGUUUAUCACAUGGCACAAAUUAUUAUUAUUUUCAUUUUUCUUUUUUUUUACCAGGCAAGUCAGUUAAGAACAAAUUCUUAUUUACAAUGACGGUCUACCCCUGCCAAACCUGGACGACGCUGGGCCAAUUGUGUGCCGCCCUUUGGGACUCCCAAUCACGGUCGGAUGUGAUACAGCCUGGAAUCAAAACAGGGACUGUAGUGACACCUCUUGCGCUGAGAUGCAGUGCCUUAGACCACUGCGCCAUUCGGGAGCCCAAAUACCAUUUAGGUCCUGGUAUCGAUAUUAGCAUUUUUUCACGCAUUAUGUUUAAAUCAUCCGGAAGUAUCUAAAAUAGAUUUUUGAAGCUCAACAAAGUUACGUAUAGAUGAUAUGAACAUGAUGCGUGAAAAAUGCUAACAUCAGUACAAGGACUUGUAAGGAUUUGUGCCUAAAAUGUUAAAAAUAAAUAGCAUUUAGAAACUAAACCAAAGCAUGGAUUUCUGUCAAACCUUGUCCUCAGACUGCUUACAGAGUAAGAAAACCAUUAUGUCAUUUUGGAAUUUGUGUGAAUGAUCAGUUUACAACACAUCUAAUGACAACAGAUGUUGGUAUACCGAUGUGUGACCUAGAAACAAUGUUGACAACGUUCUCAUUCUUUGGGAACAGAUGAAUAGUCUUCACAGAGGUUAUGCUACUUAAUGUGGGCCAACCAAACUGUAGAAAACAAAACCAGAAAUCACUCUGGAUCUGUCAUCUACAUUACAACGUUUUUGAGAAGUCACUCUUGGUAUAUAUUCCCAUUUCCUUCUUUCCUCCCUCCUGGUUACCUUCCCUUACCUCCUUCCCGCACUUCUAUUCCUCCUACCUGUGCUUUAGUGUCUAGUGAUUUUCUUUGGCUGCUUAAAAAGGCCAUUUUUGUUUUGUCAAAUGCUGCACAAGUGUUACGAUCCAAGCUAAACUCCUUGACUACCGGGUGACUCGGAGACGAAAACUACUGUUAUUUUUGUUGCCGGCUUCGUAGUCAUGGAAACGCGUGUUGAGCUCACCUGUGUUGAUAAAGAUGAUGUAUCAUAUUGUAUUGUAGCUGUAUUUAAUGUUUGUACAAAACAAAAAGAUAUUUUCAUGAUUUUAAGUAAAUGAAAAAUAUGUAUUA